AUGGACGAGGCAGAUAGGCUUCUGGCCAAGUUCGCGGGCGGCAUUGCCGCUCCCGCCCAGGGCAUUUUCAAGGAGUCGGUCCGAUUGCAGGCGCUCUCCAUGAAGCUGCCAAAGGGGGGCCUGUACAGGUACUACAACACGUUUGUAUCGUUCAAACAAGAGCUGAGGGCGCUGAAGGAGAACGUGCUUUCCGCCAUCCAAGUCCUGCUGAGCACCGCCGUGUCCGUGGAGAGUCCGGGUCGAGACCCGGUGGACGUGAGGGGGCUCGACGAGCGCCGCAGGUCGGAGAGCAUCAUCGACGCGACAGACUCGCUGUUGGAGAGUGUGAACAGAAGAAUUCGCGUCAUCUACUGCAGCAACAUUGCUCGUCCCCAGGACGUGUGGAGGGACGACGUGGACAACUCCAACAGACCGUUCAUCCCGAAGCAGGUCAGGGCGACGCUCGACUACGACACCAGCUUCCCCCCGCUCGGCCGCGCGAGGCCGACGCAGGCGGUAGCGGAUGACGGGGAGUACGCACAUAUGUACGAGCACGCUUUGAAGAACCUGACCUACGACGAGGUGAUGUUUCGCGUGCGACCCAGGAGAAAGAGGUGCCUCUCCAUCGAUGAGGUCCCGCUCGUUUGGGUGAGAACGGUGGCGGAAUUGGCGGAGUUGGCGAGUCAGCUGAACACGGUGGACGAGUUCGGGGUCGAUCUCGAGAUGCACGAGUAUCGGUCAUUUCAGGGGUUCACGUGCACCAUACAAAUUUCCACGUGGCGAUCCGACUACAUAGUGGACACCCUGCUGCUCCGCAAGAGCGUCGGCGACUACCUGGGGCCGGUGUUCGCGAACCCGCGGAUCGUCAAAGUGUUCCACGCAGCGUCGAACGACGUGCAGUGGCUGCAGAGGGACUUCAGCAUUUACGUGGUGAACAUGUUCGACACGCAGGUCGCAUGCCUCGUGCUCAAAAAGCCCUACACCGGACUGGACCAGCUGCUGAGAAACUAUUGCGGUGUCGUGACGGACAAGAGGUUCCAAAUGGCCGAUUGGAGAAUCCGCCCGCUGCCGAAGGAAAUGCUCGACUACGCGCGCAACGACACCCGGUACCUUCUGUACGUCUACGAACUGCUCCUCGGCGAAGCCCUGGCCCUAGAAGGGGGCCGCGAGAAGGCACUGGCAAUACUCAACCAGUCCAGAGACAUCUGUCUGCUCAAGUACAAAAAAGAAAUUUUUUCGGAAAAAAGCUAUCUGAAACUCUACUCGAAGUACAAGAUCACUCUCGAACCCCGGCAGCUGUCGGCUUUCGCCUCCCUCUACAAGUGGAGGGACCGCAUGGCCAGAGAGUACGACGAGAGCCUGCGCUACGUGCUCCCAAACCACAUGGUCUUCCUCAUCGCAAAAUACCUGCCAAAAGAUCCCUGUCAGUUCAAAGCGAUCUGCAGCUACUUGCCCCCGCUGCUGAAAAUAAAUCUUAAUGAAACGCCCACCAGCCAAUGCACGACGGCGGCAAGGCGAAGCCGGGACCCCAAGACGACCCCCCAGCCGACAGCGACGCCGCAGACGCCGAGCUCCCCCGUCCCCCCAAGCCAAGACCCUCGAGAGGCCCCGCCAGCCGUCGCGAGGAGCGCGGCGACGCGCCCACCCCGCUCAAAAAUGGCACCGCCGUGUGCCACAGCAAAAAAAAAAGAAUUCGUGAGAAAAAAAAAACGUUUAUAA